CUUGUAUUAGCAAGGCAGGCUGAGGCUGAGGCUGAGGCUGAGUAGCAACUAGCAAAAAACCCAACUCCCACGCUAAACUACACUGAACCUUCUCAGUUCAUUUCAUAGAUUCCGAUUUGGUUUCUUUGCUCCAAAACCAAUUAUCAAUCCCUACUCCAAACUCCAUCUCUACCUCAUUGCCAUUGCCGGCAGACACUGAGCACUUUUUAUCAUCGGAAUCCAUCUUCUAAAUCCCCGGCGAUGACGGCCGGAAAACUCCAACAAGCAUCACAACACAUGUGUUCUCUUAAAGGUUCACUCCUCACUCUCGCUAUCCUAACUCUAAUCUCCUUCACUUACCUUUCCAUCGAUUUUCUCCACUCCUCUUCAUCGUCUUCUUCUCCUGUGGUCUCCAAUUCCGUUGUAAAGCUGCCACAGAGAGGGACGGGUGUGCAGACGGAGACAGAGACAGAGAAGAACGAGGUAGGGAAAUCAUUUCACGAUGAGCUGUCGGAUCUGUACCACCAGCCUCAGAUUUUCAAAUUGAAUUAUGAAUCAAUGGAGAGGGACUUCAAGGUUUACAUAUAUCCCGAUGGGGAUCCCGAUACCUUUUAUCAAACACCUAGGAAAUUGACUGGCAAAUACGCUAGCGAGGGCUACUUUUUCCAGAAUAUCAGAGAGAGUCGCUUUCGGACUGAAGAUGCCGAUCAGGCUCACCUCUUCUUUAUCCCCAUCUCUUGCCAUAAGAUGCGAGGCAAGGGAACAUCCUAUGAGAAUAUGACCAUAAUUGUUCAGAAUUAUGUGGAGAGCUUAAUGGUUAAGUAUCCCUAUUGGAACAGAACAUUGGGUGCAGAUCACUUCUUUGUAACUUGUCAUGAUGUUGGUGUAAGGGCAACUGAAGGAGUUCCAUUUCUCGUAAAGAAUGCAAUACGAGUUGUGUGCUCCCCAAGUUAUGAUGUUGGAUUCAUUCCACACAAAGAUGUUGCUCUUCCUCAAGUACUGCAGCCAUUUGCACUUCCAGCUGGAGGAAAUGACGUAGAAAAUAGAACGACACUUGGGUUUUGGGCUGGUCAUAGGAACUCUAAAAUUAGAGUUAUUUUGGCGCGCGUUUGGGAGAAUGAUACAGAGCUUGAUAUUUCAAAUAACAGAAUAAGUAGGGCUACUGGACAUCUAGUGUAUCAGAAGAGAUUUUACAGGACUAAAUUCUGCAUAUGCCCUGGUGGUUCGCAGGUUAACAGUGCUCGUAUAGCUGAUUCAAUUCAUUAUGGAUGUGUUCCUGUAAUAUUAUCCAACUACUAUGACCUGCCAUUCAAUGACAUUCUUGAUUGGCGAAAAUUUUCGGUCGUACUUAAGGAGCAAGAUGUAUAUAGGCUCAAGCAAGUUCUCAAGAACAUAUCUGAUGAUGAGUUUGUAGCUUUGCACGAGAAUUUGGUUGAGGUCCAGAAACACUUCCAGUGGAAUUCUCCUCCAACCAAAUAUGACGCAUUCCACAUGGUGAUGUAUGAUCUCUGGCUGCGCCGCCAUGUUAUCAAAUACUAACUGGAUAACAGGUGUGUUGCCAUUUAACUUUUGUAUACGCUUGAAGGUUGCAUCGUAACAACCCAAAGCCAAAGCUUGUAAAUUACCAAUCUCAUACAUCAUGGCUCUUUCCUCUAUGUUAAGUGGAAUCUGAGACAAUUAAAUUCAUUAUUUAAUUUGUUCUUUACAUGCAUGUUUUGUAUGAACUUACCAACUUUUUUAUUCUUGUUCUUGUUUCAAA